GCAUCUGUAUGGGUUAAAACCACGCAUCUCACCCUAUAAGGUGUUUAUAAUGGGAACUAGCUCUGGAAAAGUGUUACCUGAGCCCUCCAAAAAUGGAUAUUUUUGCCUUAUCAACUCUGUUGUGAACUUCAAGAAACAAGAGACUGACAAGGAAAACUGUAAAGAGAAACAACAGGCUUGGCUUUGGAGGAGGAGAAGUGACAGAAGGGCUUCCCGGAGAGGAAUAUCAGAAGAAGUCAAAGAAUCGGUUCAUCUGGAGGAGCAGAUGACGAAUCCUAAUGCAAAGUUUCGUGCAAAGUUUGAUCCACGCGUCACAGCGAGGUAUGACAUCAAGGCUCUGAUCGGCAGCGGUAGCUUCAGCCGCGUGGUACGUGCUGAGCACAGACGCACACGCCAACCCUUCGCCAUUAAACUUCUGGAGGUCAAAGGUCGUGAGGGUCACGAGGCCUGUCAGGCAGAGCUCGGGGUCCUGCGACGGGUGAACCACUGCAAUGUCAUCCGCCUGGCCGAGGUGUUCGAGACGCAGCAUCGUGUCUAUCUGGUUCUGGAGCUGGCCACGGGAGGAGAGCUCCUGGAGCGCGUGAUCGCCCGAGGAACCUUCAGAGAACGGGACGCCACCAAGGCCUUGAUGAUGGUGUCCAGCGGGCUGCGCUAUCUACACACACUGGGCGUCAUCCACAGGGACCUCAAACCCGAAAACCUGCUGUACUACCAUCCGGGACAGGACUCGCGAUUGAUCAUAACAGACUUUGGACUCGCUUGCUGGGAGAACAAGACGACGGUUUCAUUUCAGAGCAGAGGAGGUACAGCUGUUAUGACUCAGGAUGCAGAUUUCGUCUCUGUAGAUGUUGAGAAGAGCGGUCAGGCUAAAGACUGGGCUGUGAGGACGCUCUGCGGCACGCCAGAGUACCUGGCCCCUGAGAUGCUGGCGCGGAGACCCUGCAGCAGCGCGGUGGAUAUGUGGGCGCUGGGAGUCAUCACUUAUAUCCUGCUGAGCGGCUCGCUGCCCUUCGACCAGAGCAGCCGACCACGACUCUUCAGGGCCAUUCUCAGGGGCAGCUACAGUUUCCAUGGAGAUCCAUGGAAAUCAGUAUCUACAUUGGCCAAAAGCUUCAUCGAUCGUCUCCUGACCCUUGAGCCCGAGCACCGGAUGACUGCUGAGGAAACUCUCAAGCAUCCUUGGCUGGUCAGCAUGGCAGCCUGUUCCUCCAACAAGAACCUACACCGCUCAAUUUCCCGAAACCUCCAGCGGCGGGCGUCACGGGCCUCCUCUCGAUGCCCCAGCUCAGGCUCUACUCCUGGGUCUCGGAUAUCAAUGAGGUCUGGGUCAUGGCUGGGUUCUGGGCCACGGUUAGGGCUCAGUGACUUGUCACAGAGCCAGAAGAUCGCUGCUUAGCAAGUUGAAGGUUUGGCUGGUUAGCAUGGAUCCAUUAUUUUAUCCAACAGCGCUAUCACUCAUCUGUGCUAUCAACAACCUGUUUAAUUCUAAAGAUCAGAGAGGAAUGAUCACUGAAAGGAAUUGCAUCAUAAGUGGAUGUCAAGAAAAAAAAAUGAAUAGAGGAAAAAUGCACAUGAUCCUUUUUAAUCCUUUUAAUCUUUCUUUUUCUGACAGGUAAAUCAUGUGCAUCCAUACUUAUAUGAUGGUGCUAUAUUAAUUAUUCAGGAUCUUCAGCAUAUUAUUAAUCUCCUUCUCAUGAUGAACAGCGAAGGAGUUUAAAGCCUCCACUAUAAAAAGAAGAGCACAGGUCAGCACCUCUGCUCUGUUCUCCCACAUGCAUUCCUUUAUUAAUCAGAUGAAUGUGAGAUGAUAACAAACUCACCAUUCUAUUUUUAAUAUAUGUUUUUUAGCACUGAAAAGUCAUGCAUAAGUCUAAAAUGCAAAUGGGCAGAGAGUAUAAUCUUAAAUGGUCUGAUCUGCAGAUUUUCUGUCCUGCUUCUUUUCAUAUGACUGUGUUUUUACAUUAGGAUGAGUCUCUGUAGAUUGAUCAUGUGAAGGAAUUAAUACUUUUAGUCAGCAAGGAUGCAUUGAAUUGAGAGCAAAUUGACAGUAAGGUCAUUUCUAAUGUUGAAUAUAUGCAUAUUUUAUAUAAUGAAUUCAUCAUAAAAUGAAAAAAGUAUCACUGUUUCCAUGAGAAGAUAAAGAGGCACAAUGUUUUCAACACUGAUAAUACUGUAUGAUUUCUGAAGGAUCAUUUGAUAAUGAAGAAUGGAGUAAUUCAGCUUUCCAUCACAGAAAUAAAUUACAUUUUAAAAUGUAUUAAAAUAGAAAAUGGCUGUUUUAUAUUUUUAGAAUAUUUCACAAUAUAAUCAUAUUAUUUAAUGUAUUUUUAUUAUCCAGAAAUGCAGCCUUGAUGAGCAUAAAAUAUAUUUUUUAAUAUAAAAAAAUCCAAACCCCAAAACUGUUGAAAAUAAAAACUAUCUAUUAGUUAACUAUCUAACUAUCUUUUAUCUAAUUCAGAUAUGUUAAGUGUGUCUUAAGUGUUCAAUCCUUGUAAAGAUAAAGCAAAUGAUGUUGACAACAAUGUGAUGUGGAAUCUGCCAAAGCCUUCAAACUGACAUCCUUAAAAGAAGAUGAAGGAUUGCAUUUUCACUUCGGUUCAAGGACUUUCCUCGCUCUGUUAUUAAGGCUACACAUGUUUUAAGUGAUGCACAGAACAUUCUGACAGUAGCAAUCAAUGGAAAUAAUGUGGCUUAAUGUCAGAAAUACUGCAGAGAUCUUUAAAACUCAACACUAGCUCUAUCAAACACAAAAAAGUGUUCAAAAGAGAUCAAGAUACGCUUCAGGUGAAACUUUCAGUAGUUUGUGUUGUGUCUCCUGAGCUUCACAUUAAGAAUAUUUUUAAAGUCAAAGUUUGGGUUUAUAAUCAGUGUUUUUUCUUAGUUUUGUCUUGAAACAAGACUAAAGCAUUAUUGAACAUACAGGCUGGAGAUAUUUUGACUUGCUAUUUGACAUUUUAGGGAGUUUUAUCUUGACACAGUCAUCACUGGUGCAUUCAUGGCAUGCUUUUAUUGCUUUGAAACUAUAAAAUUGUAACAUUAUAUGUCCUUUAUCACUGUUUACAUAUGAAGUAAAUAAAAAAAAUAGGGAGUGACUGCCCUCUGUUGGAUAAAUAUUAUAUUAUAAAUAUAACAAAUAUAUAUUAUAUUUUUUUCUGUUACAUAAGUAGGACAGAACUAUUUUGGCAAAGUUAUGUUUCUUUAUAUGCAUAUAUCUUUUUGCAAUAAUAUUUAUAUGUGAUAAAAUGCGGAAAAUGUUCCUAUGCGUAUUAUAUACUGAGAAAUAAACAGAUACAUUUUAAUUUGCCCACCAUAUUAGAUAUAAUCCUCAUUACAUCUGUUUUCUUCUACUCAUAAAUGGAUUUUAUUUCAUUUUGCAACUGUUUUCUUUUUCUCUGGGGUUUAGACUAGAGGUAGGAAAUAUUUAAAGCUCUUUAAUAUACAUGUUCAUAUAAAGCUGUUUUGUGCAUUGGGCCGUCCUGCUCUCAGCUUAAUAUUUGUUAAUGAUGUGUGGUGAUGACUUUACAAAAAUGAAAAAAAAACCUGUACAUGAAACAGAAUGAGCGAUAAAAUAACCAUAAACAUUUUGGUUGCUUCUGAAUUCCCAUGCUUAGUAUGAAAGUACAAGAAUUUAAUUUCAGUGUCUGGUAGGAAAUGUGGGGUUAAACAAGUACAAAUGAACCUUUUGUAAACAAUUGUAUUGGUACUUAUAGCGCUUGAAAUGAGCUGCUCAGCUUGCAGUUUUCUGACCUUUUUUUUUCUUUGUGAGCAUUGUGUGCCAUUAUUUGAUGAGUUAUUCAUUUAUUAAUUCAUUCAAAAGACACCAGCCUCCAUGUGAGACACUGGCUUCCUGUAUAACAGUUUCAAGGUCAAAGGUCACUUAGGAAUGAACUUAAUGAAUUGCUUAUGUUUUUGGUUAAGAUAAAAGCAGCUGCUAAAUUAAUAAAUGUAAAUGUAACAGGAGAUUUGAGAAGUCACACUUCUGCUCUUUGACCUUUUCUCCCUGUGAAAGACCAUGUGUUACUUUCACAACACCGAUAUACUGUGUAGUGCU